UCCUGUAGUUAAAGAAGCAUUUGCCUAUAGGUCUGUGAGUCCUCAUGACUAAUGAUCCACCUGGGUCAAGCUUCUAGAAAAGUAGCAGUAGGAAUAAGCCUGUGUGAGUAGGAAGAGACUGAAACCCAGGGAGGAGACCUGCUCAAUCCUGGCCCUCAUUCAAAUGCCAAGCCAAGUUCUAGGGGGUCUGAGAGGAGGAUGGCCUUAACAUGAGGGCCUUUUACUGAAGAAGUAACCACACGAAAAAGGCUGCCACCCUUUGACUGAUCCCCAUGUCUCACCGUUUUGCUUUUGAGUUGUCUAAUGUAUUUUCAACCUUAAACAUUUUAAAAAGACUACCUCCACUUUUGAGAAUGAACUAAGGGGAAGUUACUGUUGCCCCUACACAAGCACACCAAGUAUGCUUUAGUCUGAUACCCCAGCCCUGUGCUUGUCUCCAACACAAAGAACCACCUUAGAAAGCCUCAAAAGAAUCACGCUUAAGUGUAGAAGACAGGGCCGUAGGCCAGCGGAACCUUAAAAGCUAGGCUGAGGCGGAAGGGAGUCUAAAUGGAAAGCAAACUUCCCAGACAGCCACAGGUUGAAGACUUCCGCCCCGCAGAGAAUUUGCCUUCACCCCCCCCCCCAACACUUCCGCCCAACUCUAGUUCUGCGCAGACUCCUGGAAUUAUUUGCCGUCUCUAUGGCAACCCAGUAGCUGCUGCCGGAAGAUGGAGACCACUGAGCCUACCAAGGGAUCGCGGUCUCGAUCUUUGGACGUGCAGCCUGGCGCUGGAGGGCUCAGGUCUUCUUCAGAACCGUUUCCUUUGGAUGGCCGUCCUAGGUCGGUCCUGGCAGCUGCAAAUACUGCAUCUGCAGCUGCCUCCACCGCCAAAACCGAUGCGUUAUCUACGAAGACCCGAGUCCGCUACUCUGAGCCGAGUGUUCUCAUGGACCGCUCCUCUGACAGUCUUCCUGGGGAGCCCUGCACUGGAGCCAGCUUUACCCACAAGAUAGACCAGAGGAGACUUGGCUUUGAGCCUGUCUAUGCUUCCCGUUUCACCCAGGAUCCCUGUACUACAAAUGACCGUAGCUCUAGUCCUGGCCCUGUUACUGGCUCCAGUUCUGGUCCUGGCCAUGGCUCUGGCCCUGGCUGUGACUCUGGUCAAGGGACUGGUUCUGAUUCUGGCCCUGGUCCUGCCACUGAAUCUGGGCCUAGUCCAGACCGUGGCCAUGACCCUCAGCUCAGCCUCUGCAAUCUCCCAAACUUCAGAAACCUUGGGGCAGAGCUGGUCCCUAAUUAUUCCUGCUGGAAUCACUACUGCUGCUGGGAACCUCAGAAACAACCCUGGAAAAGUUUGCAAGUCCCAGAACCUGGUGCACGAGGGCAAUGGAAGACCCCCCAAGUUGAAGAGAAGUGUAAGGUUCUCAAAGAAACAUUGCCACGGGGACACUGCCUUCUCUACAACUGGGAGGAGGAGAGAGCCACCAACCACCUGGAUCGAGUCCCAAGCAUGCAGGAUGGCUCUGAGAGUUUCUUCUUCCGACAUGGACACCAGGGACUGCUGACCCCACAGCAACAGUCACCCAUGUCCUUCAGCACCACCCAGAAAGACUCGUACCAGCCCCCACGAAACUACUAUCAACCAAUUCGAGGAAAGCGGGAAGCCAUGCUGGAGAUGCUCCUGCAUCAUCAGAUCUGUAAAGAGGUGCAGGCAGAGCAGGAACCCACAGGGAAGCACUCUGAGGUCGAGUCUGUGACACACCAUGACUACCAAAAGGAGCUGGUACACGCCGGGCCUCCUGCCCCAACCAAGCCUCAUGACUACCGUCAGGAGCAGCCUGAAACCUUUUGGAUACAGAGGGCACCGCAGCUACCGGGUGUCAGUAACAUCAAGACACUGGACACACCAUUCCGGAAGAACUGCAGUUUCUCAACACCAGUGCCUUUGUCUCUGGGGCAGCCUUUGCCCUAUGAACCUGAGAAUUCUUCCCACCAACUGGGAGAAAUAUCCUCCCUUGCCUGUCAGGGAGCACAGGGUGGGGAAAUGGGUAGAACUACUAACUAAGAGUUGAGGCGGGAAGAGGGGUGUGGAAUACAGAAUCCAUUUCCGUCUGUACUGGAGAGGUGGGAAGGAAGGCGAUUCUGUCUGUACUUGGUGAAGGGGCUUUCCAUAAAGGGUUCUCUCUCACCCUGAGACUGCUAUUUCAGUGAGUCCACGCGUUACCAUGUUCACAUCCCAUAACCUUUCCUUGGACUUGCCCCUAACCCAGACUCUGACAUCAUGACAUUUUUUGUUGUUUUAU